AUGGUGAAGGCGUCCUCCACUUCCGUGCCUUCCGGCAGUCAACGCCUGGGUGGAGGUAAUCGUAGCAACAAGUCGGCUCGCCUCUCCACUGAGGCGCGGCUGGACAUGCGGGGCAGGUGUUCAGCCGGUCAAAAAGUUUUGGCCAGUCUGGUAAUUCGUUUGGCGCUGGCCGAAGUCUUCUGUCUGCAGUGUGGUGUCCUGGCCCUUGACGAGCCAACGACCAACCUUGAUCGAGAGAACAUCGAGUCGCUUGCCUACGCACUGACGGAGGGACUCUCGGAAAUUGAGAAAGUCCGUAUUGAAGAUCAAUUCCACUAA